UACUCUUCCAACAUACUACCAUAAUAUUCACUAUAUCCGACCACUUGAACUACCCGGCUGAACGGCAACAAACCGAGGCCCAUUCAGACUACUUUGAUCAGACGGAAAAGUGAUAAACAAAAUAUCAUUUUCCCUCUCUCCUUGUUUGAACCAGCCUGAAAUCACGACCACAGAGGGGAGAGUAUUUGAGGGGAAAGUGCGACACAGUUGUUGGGUUUUUUCCUCUGAGAAUGUGGCGAACCUGAGGUUUAGAGGAAAGAAAAAAAGGCGGAUUGCAGCUCAUUGAACGAUCAACAAGUUGAGAGUGUGUUUAAUGGCGAGAACUACUUGAAAUCUCCUCAGGCAGUACAACGGGAAGAGAGGAAGAGCAGCAGCGGCCAUACGUUUUAAAAGCACAUUACCUGCCAACAGCUAAGAGAGGAUGUCUCGGCUGAGUGAGCUGAUAUGGGCGGACUGGAUUUGGUUUCCUGAAGGCCACGGCUGGGCUGACCUGAAGGACCACGAUGACAAAGUCUUCCCUAAAACAUGGGACCUCUGGGCUACCAUCCCCAUUGCUCUCUGCUUUCUGGUCAUCAGACAGAUAUUUGAGAGGACGGUAGCAAUUCCUCUGGCGUCUCUUCUCGGAGUGAGUGACAAGCAGCGUGUUUGUGCUCCUCCAAAUCCCACCCUGGAGUCCUAUUUCUGCAGCACAUCAAAGCAUCCCACACAGAGCUCCUUAGAGAGUUUAAGUAAACAGACGGGCUGUUCAGUGCGACAGGUCCAGAGGUGGUUCAGGCGGCGGAGAAACCAGGACCGACCCAGCAAGCUCAAGAAGUUUCGGGAAGCAAGUUGGAGAUUUACCUUUUACCUUCUUGCUUUCUUUGCUGGCCUGGCAGUCCUUAUUGAUAAACCAUGGUUCUAUGAUAUGAAGCAGAUGUGGGAUGGCUUCCCGAAAAUGCCACUUUUGCCUUCGCAGUACUGGUACUACGUGAUCGAACUGGGCUUCUAUGUCUCGCUGCUUUUUAGCGUAGCAUCGGAUGUCAAACGUAAGGAUUUCAAAGAGCAGAUCGUUCACCAUGUAGCUACCAUCCUUCUUAUCAGUUUCUCCUGGCUGGUCAACUACAUCCGGGCAGGGACUUUGAUCAUGUUAGUGCACGAUGCCUCCGACUAUCUAAUGGAGUCAGCCAAAAUGUUCAACUACGCAGGCUGGAGGAAAACCUGCAACUUCAUCUUCACUGUGUUUGCUGCUGUUUUCAUCAUCACCCGACUCGUUAUCCUGCCCUUCUGGAUCAUACACACGACGUGGGUGUACCCCCUGACCCUCUACCCACCCUUUAUCGGCUUCUACUUCUUCAACGGGCUGCUGUGUGUGCUGCAGAUCCUGCACAUCUUCUGGGCUGCGCUCAUCUUGCGCAUGGUUGUCAAAUUCCUGCCUGGAAAUGACAUUGUUGAGGAUGAGCGGAGUGAUAAGGAGGAGACUGAGUCAGAAGACGAAGACGAGGAUCGUGAGCGGAGGGAAAAACCUAAAAACGGCCACAUGCAGAACGGUCACACUCCUCUCAACAACAACCACAGAAAGAGGUAUUGAUUGGACAGUGAGGUGGGGGGACGGGAUGAGGCCGCGUGAGGAGGGACGACGGGCCCUCGCAUGUGGCCCUCACCUGAAAGCCAAAGAACGGGAGCGAGGCACAUUGAAAGGGGCAGCAGGCAACACACACACACACACACACACACACACACACUCUUACAUCUAUACCCUCUUUUCUGACCCCCCCCCCCAGUAGUCUAAUGUGGAUGAUUUGACCACUCUGUUGAUCACACUAAAUUAAAUUAAGAGAGGAAGACUGCGCUGGAGAACCACAAUGAUCUGCUUAACACCUGAGCAGCAGAGUGGUUUUCUCAUCUCACACACACACACACACACACACCUCUCUUCACCACUUUUCCCUCCCGGUCAGCAUAUUUUGCUGUUAGUCAUGAUUUUGUGCUGUUGACCAAGUUGCCAAAUCUGCCUGCUUGUAGCUUUAUGUUUUUUUGUUACUGGAAGUGUUUUAAGUGAUGCUGUGGUUAGGACGGGCUUCCCCCUCCUGCACAGUCGGUUAACACUCUUCUAAGUAUUACUGCCCUUAAACUUGACUGAUGUUUGCUCUAAAUAACCACACUGAAGUCAGUGACAUUGCGAGGAGCACUACGGUGAAUGAGGCCAUGUCUUUCUAUGGACCAUAAUCUGAUUUAAGUCUAUUUACUGAAGUCCAGAGUGUCAACUAAUACUGAAUCUGUGCAAGUUGAGUUUUAGCACCUGCUAUUUUGUCACCUUGGUUCUUGCCGAUGGUUUUGAGCCAGUGUUGCUAAAAUAUAUUUGUUCCACUGAUGUUUAAAACUAAAUAAUUGGUGAUAAAUAAUGUUUUUUAACAGUUUGAAACAGUGCUACAUCUGCCAGGUGUGUUGAAAUGUGCCUGAAAUUUGUCUUAAGAUGCUUCGCCUUACCAGAAGCAGAACGCACAGAGAUCAUUUUAAAUGUCUGUUUAUGUUUAUGCUUAAUGUCUUUUAGUUGUUUGAUUUUACUUUGCUUUGUGUUUUAUUUGUUUUUCGGUCCAGUCCAAAGUUUAAAUUUGCGAGCAGUUUGUUUGAGCGUAACCCAAACCAAUCAGUAACUGUUUAUGAAUUGUUCAUGGGCUGGAAGCGUCAAUAGCAUUUCCAUUCAGUGUUGUUUUUCCCAUCCAUCCAAAGAUGCACUUUAUGGUUUCCUCUAUAGAUAAGCAUUGACUAAAUAUCUCAUAAACAAGCUUAGUAAAAGCUUAGUAAAAGCUUGACUUAGUUUUAGUUGAGAUUCAAUUUUGUCUAAUAUUUAUUCUCAUUAUUAUCUACCCAAGAUCUUCCUCUUUCUCAGUGUUUUGGUUCAUUUUGUAAAAAAAAAAGAAAAAAGAAAAAAGAAUAGAUGAAUGAAAUCUAAGUAAAGAGGUAAAAAUGAAACACCAAAGUAUGGUUUACAUUUUGUAUGAGUCAUUUUCAAGUGCCUUCAUCAUUUCAAGUGUAAAUUGUAAAAAAAAAAAAAAAACACACACUCACACACACACACACACACACACACAAAAUUUCUGUCCCUUUGUCUUUAUUUCUGCCAUCUUUGUGCCCCAACACGUUCAACACUCCAUGCACUGUAACGCUCUGGGCCUCUAACUUUCCUGUAUACCUCGGCUCAUGACGACCAAUCACCUGCAGCGCCCUCUAAAGAGCUUUGCUUCUACAGAAAAGUGUUUUUAUUCUGCAUUAUGUGUCACUGAAAUGUAAAAUCAUGACGAUGAUGAUAAAGAUAACUGUGGAUAACAA